CGAUGCGCUGGGAGGCCAGGGCGCGCGCCCCGAGCGCACUGGCGCCGGACCCCCGGGCGAGACCCGAGCGGGGGACCCGGGAGUUGGCGAAGUGCGGGUUCGUAGGGGGGCCUCGGCAGCCAGUACCCAGGACCACCUUAACAGCGAGCCCCGCCCCGGACCCAGCUCGGGCUGUGCUGAUUGGUGCAGAGGUAAUGGCUGAAAUUGAUUGCUGAAAUGCAAAACUUGUUGCUGCUUCUCUCAGCGCUGGGCGAGAGGCAGACACAGAGAGGGGAGCUGAGACCCUCGGAACGCCCCACGCAGCCCCCCCGCCCGCGUUAGCCAGGAGAGGGGUGCGCGGACCCCCCAGAGCUGCCCCCGCCCCCGCAUUCUGGGCUCCGAGAGCUCCGCGGGAACGCCUGAGCCGGCUCGCCCAGUGUGGUCCUCCAACCCGCGCCCGCCCCCCUCCCCAGGUCCGAGGGGGGACUCGCGAAGCACCUCGGCGCGGAGACAGGGAACCCGAGCCUUGGAGAGACCCAACCCCUCGUUUCGCUGCCUGUCCGCGCCUGGAACCGGGCGCGGGGACCCCGGCGAACUCAGAGACCGAACAGCGGGAGGACUCAAGCUGCAGUCGGCGGACCUGGCAGCGAAGCGGCGCGCGGGGGUGCGGCGCGCCGGGGUGCAGCGCACCCGCCGCGGAGCGGGGGAACCGUGUCUUCCCCUAUCUCUCGGGGUCCAGCCCCGGGUGCCCGCUGCCUUCCCAGCCCCGCUGCGCCCUCGGCUCGGGGGCCGGCACGGGUGAUGUCGAGCGGAGCCUCCAGCCCUCCGACCAGCUGAAGAAACAGUAGCCGCUUGCUCGGGGCCGACGGGGACUGUGCGAGUGGAUCGUGCUUGGCGGAGGCUCGAGCUACCGCGCGCGGGGACUCCGGGGGAGGGGGGAGGGACCGCUCUGUCCGUGCCCGGGCGCCAGCCACGGCUUUAAAGGGUCUCCCUGCCCGGCCCCUGAGCAGCUCCGCUUCGGACUCACUCGGAGAGGCUUCGGGCAGCUUCCUGGGGCUCCCCACCCGACCCGUUCGGACUUAAGAAGGUGAUCGCUCCGCUUUCCCUGCCUCCUUCCCGCCUCCUUCCCCCCACUUAACUUUUUGUCUCCACUCGCCUGCAGCUCUGUUCCCUCCCCGCAAACCCACCCGCGGCUGUGCCAACCGCCUGGGGCAUGGGCCCUCCGACACGGCUCCUGGAGGCCCUGCGGCGCCGCAAGAUGUGAGAGACCCGCGUGGGGCAGAGCCAGAGCUUCGGGAGAGGAGCGGAGAAGCCCCAGCCGCCACAGGCCAGGAGCGGUGGCGGUGCGCACUGCGUCCCCGCGGUGCCGGUGCCGAGCGAGCGUCCCAGCCCAGGGCCGGACCGAGUAGCUGGCCGGAGGCGCGCCGCGGAGAGCAGGCUGUCAUGCCCUAUUGAUUUCCCCACCCCCCCGCCAAGUAUGUUUGGGCUGGACCAAUUCGAGCCCCAGAUCAACAGCAGGAACGCUGGCCAGGGCGAGAGGAACUUUAACGAGGCCGGACUGAGCAUGAACACCCACUUCAAGGCUCCGGCUUUCCACGCGGGGGGACCUCCUGGCCCCGUGGACCCUGCCAUGAGCGCGCUGGGCGAGCCCCCGAUCCUGGGCAUGAACAUGGAGCCGUACGGCUACCACGCGCGCGGCCACUCGGAGUUGCACGCGGGGGGGCUGCAGGCGCAGCCGGUGCACGGAUUCUUUGGAGGCCAGCAGCCGCACCACGGCCACCCGGGCGGCCACCACCCCCACCAACAUCACCCUCACUUCGGGGGCAACUUUGGUGGCCCGGACCCAGGGGCCUCAUGCCUGCACGGGGGUCGCCUGCUCGGCUACGGCGGCGCCGGCGCUGGCCUGGGCAGCCAGCCGCCCUUCGCCGAGGGUUAUGAUCAUCUGGCGGAGAGCCAGGGGCCUGAGAGCUUCGGCCCGCAGCGACCCGGCAACCUCCCGGACUUUCACAGUUCGGGCGCCUCGGGCCACGCCGUGCCGGCCCCGUGCUUGCCGCUGGACCAGAGCCCUAACCGAGCCGCUUCCUUCCACGGCCUCCCCGCCUCCAGCGGCUCUGAUUCCCACAGUCUGGAGAACCGGAGGGUGGCGAACCAAGGAGCCGUCGACUCGCUGGAAUACAAUUACCCGGGCGAGGCGCCCUCGGGACAUUUCGACAUGUUUUCGCCCUCCGAUUCCGAGGGGCAGUUGCCUCAUUAUGCGGCGGGUCGCCAGGUUCCCGGGGGCUCUUUCCCGGGUGCCUCGGCUAUGCCCAGAGCUGCAGGCAUGGUGGGCUUGUCCAAAAUGCACGCCCAGCAGCAGCAACAGCAGCAGCAGCAGCAGCAGCAGCAGCAGCAGCAGCAGCACGGCGUUUUCUUCGAGAGGUUCGGCGGGGCCCGCAAGAUGCCGGUGGGCUUGGAGCCGGGAGUAGGCUCCAGGCACCCCUUAAUGCAGCCUCCCCAGCAGGCCCCGCCACCCCCGCAGCAGCAGCCCCCACAGCAGACUCAGCAGCCGCCGCCACCGCCGCAGCAGCAGCAGCCUCCGCCGCCGCCCGGGCUUCUGGUCCGACAAAAUUCGUGCCCGCCCGCGCUCCCGCGGCCCCAGCAGGGCGAGGCGGGCACACCCAGCGGCAGCCUGCAGGACGGGGGCCCCAUGCUGCCCAGCCAGCACGCGCAGUUCGAGUACCCCAUCCACAGGCUGGAGAACAGGAGCAUGCACCCUUAUUCGGAGCCCGUGUUCAACAUGCAGCAUCCUCCUCCCCAGCAGGCGCCCAACCAGCGGCUGCAGCAUUUCGACGCGCCCCCCUACAUGAACGUGGCCAAGAGGCCGCGCUUUGACUUCCCCGGCGGCGCGGGAGUGGACCGCUGCGCUUCGUGGAACGGCAGCAUGCACAACGGCGCGCUGGACAACCACCUCUCGCCCUCGGCCUAUUCGGGCCUCCCCGGCGAGUUCACACCGCCGGUCCCUGACAGCUUCCCCUCCGGGCCACCCCUGCAGCACCCGGCCCCGGAGCACCAGUCCCUGCAGCAGCAGCAGCAGCAACAACAGCAGCAGCAGCAGCAGCAGCAGCGCCAAAACGCGGCUCUCAUGAUUAAGCAGAUGGCGUCGCGGAAUCAGCAGCAGCGGCUGCGCCAACCCAACCUGGCCCAGCUAGGCCACCCCGGGGACGUGGGCCAGGGUGGCCUGGUGCACGGCGGCCCGGUGGGCGGUUUGGCCCAGCCGAACUUUGAACGCGAAAGCGGCGGCGCGGGCGCGGGGCGCCUGGGCACCUUCGAGCCGCAGGCGCCCCAUUUGGCGCAGGAGAGCGCGUGGUUCCCAGGUCCUCACCCGCCGCCGGGCGACCUGCUGCCCCGCAGGAUGGGCGGCUCGGGCCUGCCCGCGGACUGCGGCCCGCACGACCCUGGGCUGGCGCCGCCCCCUCCGCCCGGCGGCUCGGGGGUGCUGUUCCGGGGCCCCCUUCAGGAGCCGCUGAGGAUGCCCGGAGAGGGCCACGUGCCCGCGCUGCCCUCCCCUGGCCUGCAGUUCGGGGGCAGCCUGGCCGGCCUGGGCCCACUGCAGUCACCGGGGGCUGGAGUGGGGCUGCCCAGCGCUCCCUCUGAGCGCCGGCCCCCUCCGCCGGAUUUCACCGCGUCUGCGCUCGGGGGCCAGCCUGGCUUCCCGUUCGGCGCCGCGAACCGGCAGGCCACCCCGCACAGCGGCCCAGGCGUGAACUCGCCCCCGAGUGCGGGCGGGGGCGGCGGCGGCCCCGGAGGCGGCGGCGGCGGCGGCGGAGGGGGCGCGUACCCGCCGCAGCCGGAUUUCCAGUCCAGCCAGCGCCCCUCGGCCAGUAAGCUGGGCGCGCUCUCGCUGGGUUCCUUCAACAAGCCCAGCUCCAAGGACAACCUGUUCGGCCAGAGCUGCCUGGCUGCGCUCUCCACCGCCUGCCAGAACAUGAUCGCCAGCCUCGGGGCCCCCAACCUCAACGUGACCUUUAACAAGAAGAACCCGCCCGAGGGGAAGAGGAAAUUGAGCCAGAACGAGACCGAAGGCAGCGCGGCCGUGGCCGGCAACCCGGGCUCGGAUUACUACCCCGGAGGGACUGCUCCAGGGGCCCCAGGGCCCGGAGGCCCCGCGGGGACCGGUAGCAGUGGCAACAAAACCUCGGGGCCGCCCAACCCUCCCUCCCAGGGGGACAGCACCAGCCUCUCCCCAAACUACAACCUGGAAUCCACGUCGGGGAAUGAUGGCAAGCCGGUCCCCGGGGGCGGUGGCCGGGGCCGGGGCCGCAGAAAAAGGGACAGUGGUCACGUGAGCCCGGGGACCUUUUUCGACAAGUACUCCGCGGCACCGGACAGCGGGGGCGCGCCCGGGGUCAGCCCAGGGCAGCCGCAGCCAGGCGCGGCCCUGGGGGGAAGCUCGACGGGCGAGGCACGCGGGGCGCCCACGCCCCAUGAGAAAGCGCUCACCUCGCCCUCUUGGGGGAAAGGGGCCGAAUUGCUCCUGGGGGACCAGCCGGACCUCAUGGCGUCCCUGGAUGGCGGAGCCAAGUCAGACGGGAGCUCCCCGCACGUGGGCGAGUUCGCCUCCGACGAGGUGAGCACCAGCUACGCCAACGAGGACGAAGUGUCAUCCAGCUCUGACAACCCCCAGGCCCUGGCCAAAGCGAGUAGGAGCCCCCUGGUGACAGGUUCGCCCAAACUCCCUCCCCGGGGGGUGGGCGCAGGGGAGCACGGACCCAAGGCGCCCCCGCCCCAGCUAGGCCUAGGCAUCAUGUCUACCUCUACCUCGACCCCUGACAGCUAUGGCAGCGGUGGGGGCGCUGGCCACCCGGGCACGCCUGGCCUGGAGCAGGUCCGGACCCCGACGAGCAGCAGCGGGGCACCGCCACCCGACGAGAUCCACCCCCUGGAGAUCCUCCAGGCACAGAUCCAGCUACAGAGGCAGCAGUUCAGCAUCUCCGAGGACCAGCCCCUGGGGCUCAAGGGGGGCAAGAAGGGCGAGUGUGCUGUGGGGGCGUCGGGCGCCCAGAACGGAGACAGCGAGCUGGGCAGCUGCUGCUCGGAGGCUGUCAAGAGCGCCAUGAGCACCAUCGACCUGGACUCCCUGAUGGCAGAGCACAGCGCCACCUGGUACAUGCCCGCAGACAAGACCCUGGUGGACGGUGCCGAGGACGACAAAACGCUGGCGCCCUGGGAGAAGGCCAAACCCCAGAACCCCAGCAGCAAAGAAGCCCACGACCUCCCCGCGAACAAGGCCUCCGCAGCCCAGCCCGGCAGCCAUUUGCAGUGCCUGUCUGUCCACUGCACAGACGACGUAGGCGAUGCCAAGGCCCGAGCCUCCGUGCCCACCUGGCGGUCCCUGCACUCUGAUAUUUCCAACAGAUUCGGGACAUUCGUGGCCGCCCUAACUUGAAUCGACAAGGAUGCCCCCUCCCCCCACCAGGCCCUGCCCUGCCCUCUCCCCCCUCUCCUCCCCCUGAACCCCACCCCCACCCCACCCCUCCCCUCUAAGAAUUGGAGAGGGCCACUAUUGCCUAGUGAACGAAUUAUUUUCUAGAUUGGUACCUGCGUAGUGGCAUAUGGACCGGAAAGGGUUAAUUUAAAGGGAAAAAAAGAACCACCUCACACAUUUUUUUUUUUUUUUUUAAAAAGAGAAACUGUCUGCCACAGUAUGUUACCAGUGUUAAAUUAACCCUUCUGCAGUUAGCAAACUUUUGCUUAAGCCUUUUCCUUGCUUAGAUAAUUCCCGUUUUCCUGUCAUCUUGGCGUAAGGUUUUUAGAUGACCCCCUUUGUUUUAUUUCCACGCUGCUGUAUGUCCAAGUAUUGUUAUUUCAUAAUAAGACAAGAGUCGCUUUCCUUUUUAAUUCUCUUUUAUUCUCGUUCUUCCCCCCCGCACCUCCGCCUUCCCCACCCUCCCCCCUUUAUUUUUUUUUUCCAUUUUUUUUUUUUUUUUGCUUUGUUCACUGCUUAUUAAAAUGGAAAUCCUGGAGAAGAGUAGUCCUGGAAUAUUGCCGGGUGAAAGUCAAAUUGUCAUCACAAUAUUAUAUAUUGACAUCCAACUGUCAUCAGUCAGGCAGGAGCCAAACAAUGAAUGUGCCCCCCUUAGGUAUUCCACCGGGGAUUUUGUUUUGUCUGUUCCCUAAGAAGAGAGAGAGAGAGAGAGAGAGAGAGAGAGAGAGAGAGAGAGAGAGAGAGAGAGAGAGAGAGGUUUUCUUCCCUGCAAACACACGCCCAGCUUUCUGCUGGAGGCCGCCCCUCUCUGCACCGAGGCGAUGACGUGGCCAGCCCGCUCUGCUCUGCGGGAAGGACUCAGAACGCUUGACAGCGGCGUUUUUUUCUCCUUUUCUGGGCCUCUCCACAAAUGCCCGGGCUCCGAAUUUUCACGCUAUGCUGAGCAGCCAUGGGGGGUGGGGGCCUUCGAGCCUGCAGAGUCUCUGGGGUGGGGGGCUCCGGCCUCCAGCUCUGCUACAGCCAGGCCGCUGGGGCUUGGGCGCUGGAGUUGGGGGCGAAUCAAUGCUGAGCCAUGGACCUUUGGUGACAGCUGUUCCCAGCCAGGCAGCCCUAGGGAAGGAGGGGGGGGGGGGGCCUGGGUGUACCUCCCCCACCUGUUCUCAUGGGUCCCCACUCUGAUCUGUUUUAUCACCUCCAACCUGGGCACCCCCCCAUCUCUGGAAAGGAGGAGGGAGCCCCUGGUUCAGCUUGCUGAGCCCCCCACUCUAAGCCUGGGAAUUUUUUUGUUGGUUUUUUUUUUGUUUGCUGGGUUUUGCAGGCUGCUGGGGGUCAGAGGGAGGACAAAGGGAAUAUAACUCAUGACGUGGAUACCUGGGCCUUGUUUUAUGAACCCUGGAAUUCCACCUCCCCCCCCUUUGACUUCAUCUCACUCUAUUGCAAAAUCAGAGCCACAUCCCAUGUGUCUCAUGGAGAAUUAACUUUCUGAGAAGUGAUGAGGGGGGCUGGGCGAGUGGGGCUCCUGGACCCCUCAAGGCAUGCUCCCUGGUCCUCCCUGAGUGUGGUCACAGAAGCUCAGGGUGACAGGAGCAGGCACCUUGGGGUGCUGUUGAUGCUUAUGAGGGUCUUGAAUGACCUGGGGGGAUGGGGUGUCACUGAGAUUCCAAGGUGGGUCAGAUAGGAAGUGACCAAUAGGAAUGGUAUCAUUCCACCCAAAUCGGCGGCCCAUAUUUUACUGGUUUUUGUUAACGACCAUUCCCCAUUUUGAGCCUCAUCUCAUCUCCCCUUUUGCCCUCCCCCUCCCCCCAGGUCCCCAGAGUUUGCAGACCUGGCUUUUAUUUAGCAAGUGACCUGAAGGCUUUGGGCUCACCAUACAACACCCACAUUGUUUAUUUCCAAAAACUUUUCAGCCAAGGGAGGGGAGAAAAGCCUCCAGAAAAAUCUUGCUCUUUCCAUAACACCCCCCUUCCCCCACCCCCGCUUCUCUCCUUCUGCUGGCCUUUUGGCUCCGGUCGGAGUCUGGACAGUGCAAGGUCCUGGCCUGGACAGUGUGACCAGGGGCUGACCCCCCGCCCACAGAGGGCAGGCCGAAGCAGGCGGAGUGAAGUUAUCAGAAGAAGGUGUGUGAGCUGAUUCAGGUCAAAAGGAGAGAGAAGGGGGGAGACGUCCACCCCCUCCCCCCGCCCCUCGCCCCGCUGCCGCUGGCUGCAGGGGAAUCAGACAGAGCAAAACCCCACGCCCCCUCCCAUCCCGCCGUGUACAGCUGUUUGACCGCUUCAUCAUUUUAUUUUUUUAAAAAAAACAGGAAUGAUUUCUCCUCAAUUGCUUAAGGCCGGGGAGCCAAGCGUCUUGACUUCUGUCUUUUUGACUUUCCCAGCGUCGAGUCCAUCGGCACUUGGCCAUGAGCUCGCGGUCUUCGCAACCUCAGAAACCCCUGAAGUUUAAAACUUUCUCGCUCCCCCCCGCCCCGGACCCCAGAAUGGAACAGCUUUAAAAAUAGCCUUAAGCAAAAGGAUGUUAUUUCAUUAAAUUUGGUUAAAUGGAAAAGAAUAAAAGCAAAUUAAAAACACACCCAGCCCAGGAGAUUCCAAACACUGGUAAUUGGUACUGCAUAGCAAAACUCUUCGGGAAAAGAAAAUGAAAACGUUAUUGCACAUGUAAAAUAUGAAAACUUAACUCUGCUGUGUGUUAGGCAAUCCUGUAAUCUUUUUUGACUCUUAAGAAGAAAUUCAUUUCUGAAAUGCUUGGUUGGAAGACUGUGACAAUAGCUCAUGAAAUUGAGUGUUAUUUUUUUCUUUCUUUUUUUAAAAAAAAAAAUAUGUAAAGUGCAGUCUUCUGUAUUCAUGCAUAUUGUAUAUACCUGUAUAUGUUUUCCUGAGCAGCUAAAUAACAAUAAAUAUGACGUUAAUGGUGA